AGUGUGUUGAUAAUUUCUUCUAGAAAGACUGGGUAGAGCAGUGUAUAUAGGCUCAAUUUGUCUGUUGAUACCAAUCGGUGAAGCUCCUGAACACUCCAGAAGCUUGAAAGUGAAUUGUGGAACUAAACACAGAGAGAAGAAAAGAUGAGCAGUGAUAGGAAUAUUGGUGUGGCUUUGGAUUUCUCCAAGGGAAGCAAAACCGCACUCAAUUGGGCAGUUGACAAUCUCCUCCGCAACGGUGACACCCUCUACAUCAUCCACAUCAACCCUCCUCAAGACAGUGAAUCACGUAACCUUCUCUGGUCCACCACUGGUUCACCUCUGAUCCCCUUGUCUGAGUUUCGUGAGAGGGAGGUCAUGCGCCAUUAUGAGGUCGACACUGAUGCUGAGGUUCUGGACCUGCUUGACACUGCUUCUAGGCAGAAACAGGUGACGAUUGUGGCAAAGCUAUAUUGGGGGGAUGCAAGAGAGAAAAUUGUUGACGCCGUUGAGGAUUUGAAGCUUGAUGCUUUGGUCAUGGGUAGCAGAGGCUUGGGUGCUAUUCAGAGGGUGUUACUGGGGAGUGUGAGCACUUAUGUCACCUCAAAUGCGAACUGCCCUGUAACUAUCGUUAAAGACUCUGUCCCUUCUACCAUCUGAUAUGCUGAAGAACCUGGUUAGUCUUUGGAAACGUUUGUUGCAUCUUCACCAUUGACCAGACUCUGUUUCCCUUUGUUCUUACUUCAAUGUCUAAUGUCUAUUACUGUUUUAAGAGUGUGCUUAGACUAUAGCUUGAAAGUGUGCUUAUAAAUAUGUUUGUGCUGGAUUUGGUUCAAACUUGCCGCUGUACAUGAUCCACUGACUUGAAAUGUUUUAAAUUUGAUUCUCA